AUGGGAUCUUGCUCAAUCAAAUAGCCAUAAAUUGUAUAGAACAUGAAAAUAGAAAAACAAUGCUCUAGUGAAGAAUAAAAUGAAGAAACCUAAAAUAUGUUUUAGCCUCCAUUAAAAGCAAAUGAUGAAAAUAUCAGAUUAGAUACUGCUUAAGAAGAAUGUGAUAUUUAGAAAAAGAUAUAUUAACUUCAAAUUACUAAAACAGAACCCUUAAAAUUAGAAUCUAUAAAUUCUAUUGCAAUGUACAUUAAAGAUGGUCUUGAAAUUUAGAUUAAUUAAACAAUCUCAGAAUAUGGCUUGAUCUCAUUUAAGGAUGGCAGCCAAUAUGAAGGAUAUUUUAAAUAAGGAUUAAUCCAUGGCUUUGGCAAAUUCACAGAUCUUGAUAAUAAUAUAUAUAUUGGUGAAUGGUUUCAAAAUAAAAAACAUGGUUAUGGCAAGGAAGUAGUGAUAAGUAUCUAUACUCUUAUUUAUAGAUCAUUAUACAUAUCAAGGAUAAUUUGUUAACAAUUCUAAACACGGUUAAGGUCAUGUUUAAUAUGAAGAUGACACAAGUUAUGUAGGUUAAUUUGAAAAUAAUCAUCUAAAUGGUUUUGGUGUUUAUCAAGGGUUAAAUGGUUUAAGAUAUGAAGGAAAUUGGGUAAAUAAUUAAAUGGAUGGUUAAGGAAAGUUAACAUUAUCAAAUAAAUCUAUUUAUGAAGGUUCUUUUAAGUAAAAUAAAAAGCAUGGUUAUGGGAUUUAUACUUGGACUGAUGGAAGACAAUACAAGGGAUAUUGGAAGGAUGAUAAUCAAGAUGGUGAAGGAGAAUUGGUUAAAUAGGAUGGUUAACCUGUACAAAUUAAAUAUUAAGAGGGUAAACGAAUUGCAUCUAAUCUAAAAAUACUAAGUCCAAUCAGUUUUGAUUGA